CAACUUUCAACGAAAAGGACGGCAUGAUUUUUGAUUUCUCUUUUUUGGAAAAUUUUAAUUCGUUUUUUCGAAAUCCAACCAUCUGUACAUAUUGACAGAUUUGUUUACGCGCCAUCAGUGCAUCCGUUUCAACGUUAAUAAUAUGUCUUGGAUAGCGUACGUCUCGAGUGAUAAGUUAUUGAAAGAAUGUUCGAAGCUAAAAGUUAUAAACGAUCGAGCGUACGCGGUGCACCAGUUGAUCUCAGCGUAUAAACUAAACGAACAAAUGAAAGAGAUCUCACCCAGACUGGCAACGGAAAAGGAAUUACGAUUGUUCCACGCUGAAUAUUAUGUGAAUUACCUGAAAGAGCAAAGCUGCGAUGACUGUGAUGACGAUGAUGUCGAUGACGAGCAACUGGAAUAUGGAAUUGGAUACGACUGUCCGAAGUUGAACAAUUUAUGGAAGUUUGCAACAACAAUAGCCGGUGCAACCAUUACUUCCGUUGAAUCCAUAUAUUCUGGAGCGAGAAUUGCCAUUAAUUGGUGUGGAGGAUGGCACCAUGCUCAGCGAGACAAUGCAGAGGGAUUCUGUUACGUGAACGAUAUUUGCAUUGGCAUUCAGAAAUUGAGAGAAAAAUUCAAACGAGUCUUGUACAUCGAUUUGGACACUCAUCACGGCAAUGGUGUGGAGAACGCUUUUGCAUUCACUAAACGAGCAUUUACGUUAUCAUUUCACCAGUACGAGACCGGAUUCUUCCCCAACUCCGGUAGUGUGAGCGAAUGUGGCUUGGGACAAGGCCGAGGCUACACAGCAAAUUUUCCUUAUCGUAGUGGUGUCAGUGGCAGUUUGUUCGUUGAUUAUUUCAACAAGGUUGCGAAUCUCAUUUUCGAGACAUACAAACCAGAUAUUUGUGUGGUGCAAUGUGGCGGAGAUGUGCUAGUCGGCGAUCCCCUGGGAAAUACAAAUCUCACCCCAAUUGAUAUGGGAAAAUGUGUUAGGACAGUCAUCAGUUGGAACGUUCCCAUCAUAUUUUUAGGAGGUGGUGGUUAUAACAUACCGAACACUUCACGGUAUUGGACCUAUUUGACGUCCAUCAUAUGCGAAACGCCGAUUAGCGAUGACAUUCCAGACGAUGACAACGAUUACUUUCUACUUUAUGGUCCGGGUUAUGAGUUGAACAUUGCGGCGAAAGAGAUAAGUGAUCUCAACACGGUCGAGGAGUUUGAAAGCAAUUACAGGACAAUAAAAGAGAAUCUUAUCAAAUAUGACGUUCGUGAUGUGUGAACUUUAUGGGUAACGAUAUGUCCUAAUUUUGUAUUUGUUCGCAAGACUUCGAUUGGAAAUAAAAUAUGAUUACAGUUCUC